AUGAGCAAGCAGGGCGUCCACAACCUCGCCAACAAGGCCGAGUUCGACAAGGCGCUGGAGGAGCACAAGGACAAGCUCGUCGUGCUCGACUGCUUCGCGACCUGGUGCGGUCCUUGCAAGAUCAUCGCGCCGCAGGUCGUUAAGUUCUCCGACACCUACCCCGAAGCACGCUUCUUCAAGAUCGACGUCGACGAGGUCCCCGAGGUCGCCCAGGAGCUCUCCGUCCGCGCCAUGCCCACCUUCUUCCUCUUCAAGAACGGCGAGAAGAUUGGCGAUGUCGUCGGCGCCAACCCAACGGCGCUGGAGGCUGCUAUCAAGAGCAACGUCUAG